AAAACAUAAAAUGUAGUGUAAUUGCAACCACUGAACAACUCGGUAAUUUUUGGGCCACCUAAGGCGGUGUAUCAGAUAAAGCGUAACAAUGACAAAUGUGUAGAAUAAAAUAAAAUUUGUGAAUACUGCAAGUCCCAACAAACGCAGGUACGCGUUGUCGGCCUUUUCAGUCACUCGGGUCUUGAUGUCUACCAGCACGCUUCGCGUGUUCUCUACCUCCGUCUACGGCCAUGUCGAUUUACGAACCACUACCGGAGAUUUCGGAUGAAGCGGCAUCUAGAGCCAAUGAGAUGCGCUCUUACCGGUAUUAUGAACACGUAAAAUUCAGUAGAAACCCUGAUCAGUUUUACGUGGAUAUAUACAACUACCAUCAAUCAGGUGGAUUUUGGGCCAUAUUUUUGAGCGAAAUCUUGUGGACUAUCAAGUUCACAUUUGUUGUUUUCGUUGGCACGGAGCUCUCGGUCUGCACUCGUUGGGAAGUAUUGACGAACAACUCCAACCCAAACAACACCAUUCGACAAUGGGAUGAUGUCUUUGUGCCACCUGGUCAAUGCUGGGCCUCACUGCCGCUUCUACCAUCGCUGAUGGUGACCGGGGCGGUCAUCGGCCUGUUAAUCCAGUUCGUUAUAGUUGCCAGACGACUUCGGCGGUAUUGGGAAACACGUUUAUUCUGCUCCCGCAUACUUAAUAUGCCCACGUCGGCCACUGAUUUGGCCGAUCUUACUUGGUCGGAAGUUAAAUCACGACUCAUAGAGUCUCAGUUGCACACUACCGGGCUGGACGAUUUGAGCAUUCAUCAUCGCAUACUGCGACACGAAAACUAUUUGAUCGCCAUGAUUGACCAGGAUGUAUUACCAGUGCGCUUCCGGUUAUCAUCAAGCGAUUCGGCGGUCACGCAUGUUUACUUGCCAAGUGGUUAUUUGUUCAAUCUUAAGCUGCUUCUCUUUUGGAUUCCUUGGGCCCCAUUUUGUCAACACUGGCAGCUGCAAUCAGAGUACAAGGAGAUCACCCGUCGCCAGGAAUUAGCUUUGCAUUUGGGAAAAAUGGCACGUAUUCUCGGCAUAUUGAACCUUUUGUUUUCGCCAAUUAUUCUGUUGGCCCAGUUACUUGUCUUUGUAUGCUCUAAUGCGGAACGCAUUCGUUAUAAACCGGCCUCUAUCUUGGGACGACGCUGGUCUAAUUACGCCCAUUUUUAUCUACGUCACUACAAUGAACUUCCUCAUCAGUUUUCCCUGCGCAUCAGUAUGGCCUACGAACCUGCUUGUCAGUAUCUUAACUGUUUCACAUCACGCAAUCUCGUAAAUGUCGCUGAGACUUGCGCAUUUGUUCUGGGAAGUUGCUCUGUCGCUUUCUUCAUCAUGGCUAUGAUUCACGACCAACUAUUACAUCUAACAGGCUACUGGGCGAUACUUGUUUUCGGUGGCCUACUAGCACGCGCGUGUCUCAGCUAUAUCCCUAAUGAGCAUGAAGUUCAUCUACCAAAAACAUUGCUUAUCAACAUUUUGGGCAGUAUCCAUCGCGUUCGCGAACACUGGAUCGAGCAAGCCGCUACUUCUCGUGUUUGCGCCGAGUUUUCACAGCUUUUCCAGUACCGACUAUGUGGGGCUUUGGAGGACUUGUUUUCCGCAACUCUCACACCGUUUUUACUUUUUUUCGUCGUACCAAAUCACACUUUGGACAUAGUAGACUUUCUGAGAAAUUACACCGUUGAACUAAAGGAUUUGGGUGACGUAUGUAGCUUUGCCGAAUUGGACAUACGCCGUCAUGGUGACCCACAGUGGAAGUUCUUUGGUGACAAUGCGAGCGAACACGAGCCAAUAGGUGUCACAGACCCCGAAAAGUCACCCAUAGGGAACAUCGAUUCACAAAACUUGGGGGGUACCUGGGGGAAGACAGAAUUGAGUCUAAUGUAUUUUCACCUCAACAACCCCACAUGUGCACUCCCGCAAACCAGCCGAGCAUAUCUGCAGUCAAUUAAAACGCAAAUCUUGAAAGAUUUGCAUCAUCCGCCUUUGCAGUCUGCUGAACAAACACGACUUCAAACAGCUAACCAGCCACUUUCGUUGCCCUUCACAACCGGUCUUCUUUCCUCCUUGUAUGAAACACGAGACACCCAACAGCCAUCCGUCACCCAUGGACUGGGUUCUCUUGCUGGGCGCGACCCCCACAUGUCAAAGGCCAAAAACGUCGCACAUCUCCCGGGCCCUAGCUACCUCAGUUCAGGAACUCUGGGAUUCGUCGGCGCCAUGGUUGAGUCCAUGAAAAAUUCCAUGCACCAAUCAGAUCCAGGAACGACCGCCCCCUCCAGAUCUGACGACCAGGGUCCGCAGGGCAUUUCUCCUACGUCUCUUGGUGAUGCUAUUCCAGCGGAUUCUCAGACAACCCCCUCAGUUCCUAGUGUAGGAGCCAUUAAUGCCUCCGUUUCACCGUUCACUGCGCCUUCUUCAUACGCACUACCACGUGAUAUCAAUGCGAUUAACAAUAGUUUGAUGGCAGCCUCCGCGUUAUAUUGUGCGCAGUCGACUUGUCAUACGACCUACAAACCUUUUGUUUCGCAAAUUGAGAAUGGUUCUAGCCAAAUUUGGGGGGCAAACGGCUCCAGUGUUCUCGGGUUUACUGCAAGUAGAUACGGCUUAACAGAAAUGUUGACAGCGGACACUUCUGCCAGUAUCCUUUAUAUGCAUGAACUAGCCCAACGUCGACGACUCCAGCAGUCCACCAUCGGACAUUCGACAGUCCAACAGCGCUCUGUGGGUCCUGGUUCUUAUGGAGUUUCUGGAGAUCCUCACUCACUUAAUUACGGCUGGGCUGUACCAUAUCAAGCAGCUCAGAUUCCUGGCAUGCAGGCUUGCGGAGGGGUAGCCAAAUCAUCUGUUCAUGUUGCAAGACCUGCGAACGAUCGUGCUCCAAGUAGUCGGACUUCUUACGGCACCACAGGUAAUACUUCUAAUGAGCCCGUUGGUAUCGUACGAACUAGUUUAGACACUUGCCGGUUUCAAAGGCAGUUAGUUUCUGAAGUAGAUGAAGAAGAGGAUGACCUAGUCGGUACACCACAUGGCAACACUGACACUGUAUUUCGCCAUUUCACCCCCGGCACCGACACCAUCCACUCGAAUCGUGUUCUCUCCUCACCACAUGGACCAACAGGCAUUGUAACCCUGCCUAACGUUCCUCUCCGUUCCCGCCCUGUAGUCCCUAAUGAAUCUCCAAACCUUGCCCCAGAUCCAAGUGCUGUUCCACCAGCUCUACAUCAAGAGACAGACACGGACCAUGUGUGGCCAGAUUUACCCCCAACGAAUUGUUAACUGGCUGCUUGAUAUCUUGUCUAUUUCCUCAUAAUGUUUUGCUUUCACGCACCCUGAUAAACGACCACUCACACCGAGGCCCUCUUGAAUCAUUUUCUAUCUUUGUGUCUUAAAACGAUGCUUCUGAUUGAGAUUUUAUUCGAGGUUUUCACACCAUACUUCCUUAGCUUUUGAAUUAAUACGCGCUUCAAUCGCCUUACACAGCCCUACUACCAUCCGCGGUUCUUUCAUACCAACUUAAUCUCAGCUUUCGAGCAGUUACAUGCCCCUCUGUCGGUUUACCAAUCAGCUUAUCUGAGAUUGUCCACUCGUUCUCUUGCCCUUGGCUUUCCCCCUUUUUCCUUAGCUUUCGAACAUCAAUUCGCACUAUAUUACAGCUGCCGGCUGUGAUUAGCACGUGUGAUGGCCUUGACGUUUCUAAAUGAUCUGCCUUACAACUAUUGUUAUCAUUAAUAAACUCCACUAACGGUUCUUCUUGAUUUUUGGAUCAUAUUAUCGCUACGAUGCGGACAAGCUCCGGUUUGCGAACUCAUGAAUGUACUAUUAUUGAGGUAUCAAUCGUAGGCAUUGACAUAUAGCUAUUGGAGCCCCAG